AGUAGUGCAUCCUCUACCAGAGCCGGAACAACGGCGUUAGGUCGCAGUGUAGAAGAGGGAUUAGGUGCAGCUGAUGUCAACGUGGAAAGGGAUGGUCUAGAGGACAUAGAUCUGGAGGCUGCAGACGAGGAGCCGAAAACAGGCAGUGCAGUGCCUAUGGUGACUUAUGCUGCUGUUACGGCUUGUUGAUCUAAAAAACAUCUAGGUACAAUGAUUGAUUUUUGAUUUGGUGGACGUAGCCACUUUUCACUUCGAUUUAACAGUCUUUUGCAAAAAGACUCAGGAGACACUGAGAAACAAGAAUGAGACUGAGAUACUAUCAUCGCUAAUCAAAGUGAUUCUGGCAACUUUCCAGGCUCGUCUACAGAUCUAGCCACACCUUACCCAGCAACGCAAGAUGGAGGUCCUGCCCAGUUGUCCAUGGUGCGUGAGAGCUGGGCUGGUGGUGGAGAGGUCCGCGUCCUGCCGAAAAGAUGCGCAACAGCACCGUCGUGGGCAUGGGAACCUUGGGGAUGCUUUUUGUACUAUUAUGGAAGAUCUAUAAGAAAGGCAAUCCCAGCACUUUGUUCAACGCCGUGUGUCAAAUUUGAAUUUUCAUUGUUCUACAUAGAUAGCCUGUCAUAGUCCUCUUUUAUAUUCGAAUCUUCGCUAAAACCCCUGCCUCCCGGGAACGCUUCCUUUGGAUAGACCUGUCCGCCACGUCCCUGGGGAGACCGAGUUAGAUGCGGUGUGUGACUCUCCUCUAUGGAUCGAGCUUAUCAAGGCCUUCAACUGUGGGAGUCUACUUAUCGCGUCAGUGAUUUUCAUCUACUUAUGCUUGUUUUAUUCGGACACCUUUCUGUUUCUGAGAAAAUAGAUUUUAUUGAGUUUGUCUACACUAUUUUGGUAGAAGAAGAUCGUGUAGAGGAAGAUCGUGCAUUGCUCUAGAGGACGGCUCGUUUGUAUCAAAUUAAGCACUGCAAGCACAAGAGUUCGAGAAUAAUAUUGCAACUCUUCUUGCCAUAACCAUGCAUGAUGAUCGACCAUACUCGAAAACGUCAAAUUUGACAAUUUGCCGUUGACGUUUGACAAUUUGACGUUGUCAUCUCUUUCACUGCUGCUAAAGAACCAAAACAUACUGAAGAUUGAGUUACCUCUCUUAAGGCAGUAAUCAUGCCUUUCAAAUCGGUUUCUUCUGGCUAUACUCGAGCCUGUUUCGUCCCGGCAACGUGGCCUGGCCACAAGUUCGCGGGCCUUCAACUUUGAACCUAGGUACAUCUACAGUAAGAGACUUUAUAG